CCCAACGCCCCCACACACACAAAAAAAAAGUCUCUUAUUCAUUCUCCACCUCCCUUUAAAACCAUCACCAUAUUUCUAAAUUUUUUCUAACACACAUCCCCACCCUCCACCCUCUAAAUCCUUCUCUCAAUUAUCAAAUGGCUCUUAUUAACAAUAAUCAAGAUUCCAAUAACUCAAAUCUCCACCUUGUUCUAGGCUUAUCUUUAACUACUCCAAAGGAAACAACUACCACCACCACAACCACCGUGAAUCCCUACUAUUCCUCCUCCAACGAGCCUUCCUUAACGUUGGGACUCUCCGGCGAGAGUUAUAACCCUCCAAAAAAUAAAACCUAUGGCGAAGAGCUUUGUAGACAAACUUCUUCGCCUCACAGUGUUACUGUUUCUUCGUUCUCAAAUGGGAGAAUACUUCACGUGAAAAGGGAGAGAGACGAAGAAGAAGACAUAGUAGAAGAAGAAGAGAGAGUUUCUUCGAGAAUAAUCAGCGACGAAGAUGAAGAUGGAACAAACGCUAGAAAGAAACUUAGGCUCACCAAGGAACAAUCUCUAUUACUUGAAGAAAGCUUCAAAUUACACAGCACUCUCAAUCCUAAACAAAAACAAACUUUAGCGAAACAAUUGAGUCUAAGGCCACGACAAGUUGAAGUGUGGUUUCAGAAUCGGAGAGCCAGAACAAAGUUAAAGCAAACAGAGGUAGACUGUGAGUUUUUGAAGAAAUGUUGUGAAACAUUAACAGAUGAAAACAGGAGGCUAAAGAAGGAGCUUCAAGAGUUGAAAGCAUUGAAACUAUCUGCACAACCUUUAUACAUGCCUAUGCCGGCCGCAACUCUGUCCAUCUGCCCCUCCUGCGACCGGCUCGGCGGCCGCGUGGCAGAAGGUGGUGGUUCGAAUAAGAAGAUCAUCACUGCUUUUACUAUGGCUCCUAAUUCUCACUUUUAUAAUCCUUUCAACAAUCCUUCUUCUGCUACAUGUUAAAAAGAACAGAAGAAAUAUAAGGAGGAGUAUUAUAUUAUCCCCACAACCAUUAUAUUUUUUUGGUUGAGGAGGAUGUGUUGUAACUAGUAAUAGGUAGAAAAUUACAGUAACUGCUAAUUAUAAUUGUUUUUUAAUUUUGGAUUUUCUUCUCCUUUUAUAUGUUUAUAAAUCAUUAUAGAAUACCUUGUUUUGAGAAUCUAAAGAUGUUAUUAAAUAGUACUACUAUAUUUUUU